UUUAUUGCUCCUGACGAACUGAGGACCCUAUAUAGGGGCUCAUGCACUGUGUUGCUGCCCAUUGUGAAGCUUCUCAGCAGAUAUGUUAGAGCUACAAUUGUUUUCCAUCUCUGGUUUUAUUUUUUCAAUUUAGACUUAGGGAGUAGAACUCUUUUGUGCGUUUUGUAAUUUUGGAUCACACUGCAGACCAACGGAUGACGUCCGACACAACGUAAAUUAUUUUUACCAAGUGGGAAUUAUGAACUGUCCCCAAAUAUGCCUGAUCACCUGAAACAAGGAGGACUUGGGCUCCCUAUCCUCUCCAGGUAACCAAACCAUUAGACCUCACAGCCCUCUCGCAUCUGCAGAGAGGACUGCACUACGGCAAUGGAAACUAUUUCUAAUGAAAGUGACAUCUGGCAACUGAACGACUCUUGGAAGAACUCGAGCCUUUUUAAUGGGACCGCUGGGUUCAAUCAAACGAACCCCCUGAAACGGAAUGAGGAGGUGGCCAAAGUGGAGGUGACCGUGCUCGCCCUGGUGCUCUUCCUGGCGCUCGCAGGAAACCUGUGCGUCCUGCUUGCCAUCCACACCACCAAACACAGCCAGUCCCGCAUGUAUUACUUCAUGAAGCACCUGAGCAUCGCCGAUCUGGUCGUUGCUAUAUUUCAGGUCCUUCCUCAACUUAUCUGGGACAUAACAUUUCGCUUCUACGGACCCGACAUUUUGUGUAGGUUGGUGAAAUACCUGCAGGUCGUCGGGAUGUUUGCCUCCACUUAUAUGUUAGUUCUGAUGUCUGUAGAUCGCUGUUUGGCCAUAUGUCAGCCUCUCCGCUCACUACACAGAAGAAAAGACCGUUUUUAUGUGAUAUUUUCCUGGCUCCUUAGCCUGCUCUUCAGCAUCCCGCAGAUUUUCAUCUUUUCCCUCAGAGAAGUCGGCUCAGGAGUGUAUGACUGCUGGGGCGACUUCGUGAAACCCUGGGGAGCCAAAGCUUACAUUACAUGGAUCAGCCUCUCCAUCUACAUCAUCCCGGUGGCCAUACUCAGCAUUUGUUACGGGUUAAUCAGCUUUAAAAUAUGGCAAAACUUUAAGUUAAAAACAAGACGGGAGCAAUGCAUCAGCCUAACGCCCAAAACCUGCAAAAGCAACACGCUGGCCAGGGUGAGCAGCGUAAGGCUCAUCUCCAAAGCCAAAAUUACCACCGUGAAAAUGACUUUUGUGAUUGUGGUGGCAUACAUCGUGUGCUGGACCCCCUUUUUCUCAGUCCAGAUGUGGUCUGCGUGGGAUCCAGCUGCGCCUCGUGAGGCCAUGCCCUUCAUUAUCUCCAUGCUGCUUGCAAGCCUGAACAGCUGUUGUAACCCCUGGAUCUAUAUGUGCUUUGCUGGUCAUCUCUUCCACGAUCUGAGGCAGAACUUCCUGUGUUGUUCCGCUCGCUACCUCAAGUCAUCCCAAUGCCGCUGCGAGCGUGACUUUGACUCCAGCCACAAGAGCAACUCAUCGACCUUUGCCAUUAAGAGCACCAGCAGUCAGAGGAGCAUCACUCAGACAUCCACCACGUAAGCCCCUGGCCUCUUUUUUUCCCCCUUCUCUCCAAAGCUGCCCACUCAGCCUCUCACUACAUGCUGCUCCCCAUUAAUUUUCCAGCGGUUCGAUUUCUUCAAAAUGCCUCCCUUGGCAAGACUUGCUGUUAAAGCCUAGAAGGGGAAAACAGCCCACACAGUACUUAUGCUUCAGCAUAAAUUCAGAAUUUUACUGUGAAACUGAAAACUGUAAUAAACAGAUGACCCCUCCAUUAGACUUAAAUCAGAUAAUCAUGGACUAAAAAGAGUGUUCAGAUGGAAAUGUUUCUAUUUUUUUUUUGUAUAUACUUGAUCUAAAUGUACAGGAUGUGUUAACUGCGCAUACAAAGUGAUUAAAAUGAGUAUUCAACGGAUGUCCAUGCACUGUAAAUUGUUACAGUUUUUCACACCAGCAUAGCUAAUGGAUGGUCUUUGUGGUUAUAAAUGUAUCUGUUAAAAAAUAUGUAUUCUGUCGUCCAGCUUGUCACGUGUUUGCUCACAUAUUAACUGUUACUUCAGCUCUUGUUAAAUUUAGUAUGCCAUGCCUGUCAUUGCUAACCAUCAGAGAAAGGGUUAAAAAAACAAUAAAGCCUAUUAAGUGCAAUGAAA